GGAAAAUUUACUUGCACAGUUCGAUAUACAGAGCUGGGGAUCAGAUGGCAUUGGUGGGUGGGGGAAGGGCUGGCAUCAAAGACACCUUCCUGGAGGAGGAGCUAUUUCUGGCCAAGUGUGACAGCAGGCAAGUCCUGACUGGAAUUGCAGGGAGGCAGGGUUCCCAAGUGAGCAAAGGCCCCAGACUGGCUCCUUGCCCCCCUCCCCACCCGCUCCAAGAGCCCUGCAGGUUCCCCCACUCAGGCCCUGUGGGCAUCCUGUGCUUGCUCUGUCCUAGCAAUUCAAACUGAUGGAGGAGAUCGAGCUGCUCCAGGAGGCUGAAAAUCUGUACACCCUGCAGCCCGACGAGCACUUUGGGGCCUGGUUCCAGGCCGUGGGGCCCCUGAGUGAGGAGGAGAGCUACAGCUUGUCCUGCCAGCUAGAGCCCAGAUACCACUGCGCCAGAAAGAUUCGACUCUUCUUCAAAGACAAGAAGAACCGCUCAGGGCAGAACACCAGACCCCCAACCAAGGGCCCAGUGGUGGUGGUCGAUGACCCUCCUGAGAGCAGCUGAGCUACAGGGGGACACAGCAAGGACACUCAGGGUACACAGGGCCACCUCCUCUGAUUCUGAUGAGAACUUUGUGAUGCGUUUCCUGGGGUCCUGGGGAGGCCACUAUGGGAGGCACCAAACCUCUUCUCCCACCCCCUUUUCCCCAGCACCUAUUUCCCUAUUUGGAGGGGCCAUAUUUUGUUGUCAAUGGUAAAUGCUCCGUUUGAGUAUUAUA